AUGAUCAAUGGAAGUGUCUUCAGUGCUUAUGGUAACUCUAAUAUUCUUGAUAGCUCUGAACGUCUAUUUCGAGUGGCUAAGGGUUUACUGGCUGGUAAUGUUUUUGACUGGGGCGCACAAAAAGUAGUGGAAAUGAUGGAGUCCGAGGAAGGAUUACCGUUUGAUGUUGCCGUCACAUCCAUUCCCGCAUGUCGUUAUUUACUGGAUCCAUUUGUUAUUGCCUUUCUCAUUGUUGACCUUCUAGAGAGGCCAUGGUUGAUCGACUCUUACGACGAGUUCAAGACAACUCUAAACUCGAAAUCAUAUAACUGCGCCGCUAUAUUUGUGGAUAAUAGUGGUGCGGAUUUCGUUUUGGGUGUCAUACCAUUUGCAAGGGAACUUCUGAAGCGUGGAACAAAGGUUAUCAUUGUCUCAAAUCUAUCCCCAGCACUGAACGAUUUGACGUACAGCGAAAUGAUGGCAAUGAUUCCACUUUUACGAAAGGCUGACGUUCUUCUCCGAGAUGCUAUCGAUAGGGAAAGAUUAAUGUUCGAGCAUAGUGGUCAGGGAUCCCCUUGCUUAGACCUAAGGAGGGUACACUCGGCCUUGAACCGCCGGGUUUUAGAGGAGCAAGUGGAUCUCGUAGUGAUUGAAGGAAUGGGCCGAGCUUUGCAUACAAAUCUUCAUGCUCAUUUCGUCUGUGACUCCCUGAAGGUCGCUGUCAUCAAAACUCAGUGGUUGGCUGAUCGCAUGGGUGGCGAGAUAUUCUCAGUCGUUUUCAAGUUCGAACGAGCUUUCUACUUCGACUACCUACUAUUGCUGUGA